AUGGCACAAAAUGGCAACACAGACGGCACGGUCGUCAUGCCCCAACUUGGAGACCUGCUCCGACACCCAGAAGAUCUAGACAAGAUCAGCGGCUUGAAAGCUGAGUACUUGCGCAAGAAAACAGCCGUCGACUCACGGCUCCGCGAGGGCCUCCGCGACCAGCUUGAAGCCGUACAGCGCAGUAUAGGGUCCUUGACUGAGGGCCAGCGUCAGGUAUCGAAGACGAAAGACGAAUUAGCCGGGAUCGAUAAGUUAUGCGCCGAAUCGCAAGAUAGCGUGGAGGACUUUGCGCAGAUUGACCAGUUAGCGCGGAUCCAGCGAGGCUUCGAUGCGACAUUGAUGAUGAAGAAGGGGCUGGGGAAUUUUAGUGCGGAUUUGCAGGAGGUUGAGGAAUUGCUUAGAGAGGAUGAUGAGGAUCUCGAGAAUCAGCCAAACCUGUUACGGGCUCAUAUGCAGAUUUCCCGGCUAAGGGAUUUCAGGGAUGAGGCUAUGGAUCAGAUCCGGAAGGCGCAGGACCCUAGUGCCGAGAAUACUUUGAUGGAGUACUUCCAGGGGCUGGACUCUGUUAUUGAUUGGUUUGAUGAUCAUCUUGGGACGGCCUGCAUGAAUCUGAUUCCGUUGGUCCAGGAGGAUAACAAGAGCAUGGUUGUUCGAUUGGCGGUUUUAGUGCUGAAUGAGGAGAAGAAUGAUGCUACCGUGCGGGCAUUACAAGAAGCGCAAAAAGAUCACAAGGACCUGGCUAGUCGUUUCAAGUCCAUGCAUAUUGGUCCGAAGACGGUUCGCGGUUACAAGGAAAAGCUCUUACAGGCGAUCGAGUUCUACGCACGGAACCAAUUCGACAAUACCAAGGACCAAUUCCUCGGCGACCCAGAUCUUCUCGAGAAGAGUUUCCGGUGGUUCUUCAAUGAUCUCUUCACGGUCAAGCAGGGAAUGCAGAAUCUGGUGCCGAAGAAAUGGAAGAUCUACAAGACCUACACCGAUAUUUACCAUCGCAUGAUGCACGACUUCCUUGUAUCUAUGAUUGACGAUCCUGAGAUCCCUGCAGACAAUCUACUGAAAAUUAUCAACUGGGGUGACAAGUAUUACAAGAAGAUGAAGAAACUCGGCUGGAUGCCAAAUGAGCUUCAGCCCAACCUUCUUGACGACCGGGAGCCAGAACUCAUUCGCCAGUGGCAGAGUGUCAUUAUCAACGCUGUUGAAGAAUGGAUGGACCGCAUUUUCGAGACCGACAAGAAAGGACUUGUGGAGCGGCAACCAGAUGCACUGGAUACCAAUGCCGAUGGCAUUUUCCGUACCAAGACACUGGCGGACAUGUGGCGUAUGCUUCAUGAGCAGGUUGUCGCUGCAGGUGCAUCUGAAAGAGCCGAUGUAGUUGAAGGUGUCAUUGAUGCUAUGUUCCGUUCUCUGAAGGGCCGACAGAGCGCAUGGCAAUCUUUGAUCGAUGAAGAAUGCACCAAGGCCAUGGCAGCUGGUGCCGAACAAGCCGAGGGUAUUCAGCUACUGCAAGACUGGUUGGUCGGCGUAGCCAAUGAUCAGAUUGCCUGCAUCGACGACAACGAGGAGACAGGCCAGAUGGGCUACCUAUCAAGAUUCAAACGCGAUCUCGAGCCAUUGGUGACACCCAAGUACAUGGCAACACGGGCAAACGAGGAGCUGGAUGCCCUACGUGACGGCUACGUGGAUCUGAGCACACACUGCCUGGCGCAGUUCGUGCAGGUAGUAUUCACUGUGGAUCUCGCCACCGUUUUCCCAGAUCUCUUCACCGCAAAGUGGUACGGCGAAUACGCCAUCAAGCGGAUCAUAUCCACCUUCGAGGAUUACAUGGCCGACUACACUCCCGUUCUGCAUCCAUCCCUCGUCGACAUCCUCGUCGAAGAACUCUCCGACGAACUGCUAGUCCGAUACCUAUCUUCAGUCCGCAACAAGGGCGUCAAAUUCCGCCGCAACGCAGACCCAUUCACAGAAAAGUUCAAAGACGAUGUCCUUACUGUCUUUGACUUCUUCCAGAAAUACGAGGACUCCUUCGAAGGAACCAUCAAGCAAAAAUGGCGUCUUGUGGACUGGCUGGUCCGCCUGCUCGAAGCCGAAAAGGGUCAGGGCGUUGUCAAUGUCUACGAGUCUUUCAAGCUUGAGUACUGGGACCUCCAGCUCUCGUGGGUCGAGGCUGUCCUGCGUACCCGUGAUGACUUUGAGCGGAGCAUGAUCAGUGGUGUCAAAGCCAAGGCUGCAGAGUUGUCUGUCGAAAGAGGCACAGAGACUAUCAUGAGCCGAGUGAGGUAA